AAUUAUGGUGAAAUUUUGGAUCAUCGAGCCGGCUAGAACCUUUGCUUACACUAGGCCUAUGACUAUGUAAUACUGUGUGAGUUGGUUCUCCUACAAUGCGGACGGUGAAAAGGAAGCUAGUGAUCAUUUCAGCUGUUACAUGUAUUUCACUUGGUGGGAUUUAUAUUCUCUUCAUUCGGAACCGCAACCAUAUCAAUGAAGGUUCACUGCUCGCUAAAAGACAGGCAGCUCAGACAUUUAGCAGUUCGUUUAAAGGAGGAAAUACAAGGGAGAAUACUUUUGUGCGCCGAAACAAAACGAGGCAAGAAAACGGACCGUGUUACCGCCAGGUUCAGAUAUGGAGAGGCGCCAAAACCCCUCAAACGCCGGGAAAAUUUCAGUGCCCGGGGCUCAAGUGUGGAAUAAAAUUCGUCCAAGACACCAGUUUUGAGACAAUGAAGAGCAGUGAUGCAGUUAUUUUCUAUCACUUCUGGAGGUGGAAUUGGGCGGAACUGCAAAGGCGACGACCGAUGAAUCAAGCAUGGGUUUUCUACUCCAUAGAGAGCCCCAAGCUCACAGGCAGAUCUUCGAUGCCACCUCGCGGUUUUGAUCGCUUAUAUAAUUUCACAAUGUCAUACAGGCCAUCAUCAACGAUUCAUAGUCCAUAUGGAUAUUAUGACACCGCCAUUCCUCAGGUGACAGACAAAAAUCGAAAUUGGGCCGAAGGGAAAAGUGAAUUAAUUGCAUGGGCCGCGUCCAACCACUGGGACACGACGUGGCGCCGUACGAAGUUCGUACAAACACUUUCAAAGCACAUCAGUGUCGACAUGUACGGGGCCUGUGGUAACAAGGUCUGUAACAUACAUUCUGCUGCCUGUAUCCAGAAGCUCAAAGCUCAUAAGUUUUACCUGGCGCUGGAGAACACCGAGUGUCGCGACUACAUCACAGAAAAAUUCUGGAAGAAUGCUCUCCUCCGCAACAUCUUACCCAUCGUUUAUGGUCCACCGCGGGAAGAUUAUGAGCGCGUAGCGCCACCAAAUUCUUUCAUACAUUUACAAGAUUUCAAAGAUUUCAAUGAACUUGUGGAUUAUAUUAAACUUCUGGAUUCAAAUGAUACCUUGUAUAAUUCAUAUUUUGAAUGGAAGACGCAAGGUUCGAUAGAGAUUGUUGGUGAAGCAGUUAUUCUAGGACCUCAUUUUUUGUGUGAAGUUGUGGCGAAAUUAUUGGAGCAGGAAAAGAAGUUGGAUGCUGGUUACGACGAAGCUAGUGAUCGGAAUCCGUCAAUGCAUGAUUAUUGGUCAACUUCGUGCUUCAAAUCAACUGGAUUUCCUCAUGAUUUUUAAAGGUCAAGUCCACACCAGAAAAAAUGUUGAUUUUAAUCAACUUUAAUCAACAGAGAAAAAUCAAACAAGCGUUUAUACGCUGAAAUUUUGA